AUGGUCCUCGAGGCGACCAUGAUCGUUGUUGACAACAGCGAGACGAGUAGAAAUGGCGACUACCUGCCGAACCGAUUCUCAGCACAAUCCGAAGCCGUAUCACUCAUAUUCAAUGCCAAAACGUCCUCCAACCCCGAAUCUGCCGUUGGCCUCAUGUCUAUGGCCGGCACAGGUCCCAAAGUCCUCAACACUCCCACCACAAACUUUGGCGCCAUCCUCGCGGGUCUACACGAAACCAAAAUCAAAGGACACAUCCGGCUAGGCACGGCCAUUAGUGUGGCGAUGCUGGCACUCCAUCACAGAGCCAACAAGUCGCAGCGACAACGGAUCGUGGUCCUGAUAUGCAGCGAGCUGGACCAGAAGUUCGGCGACAAGAACGACACGGAAAAGGAACUGAUCAAGCUGGCCAAGAAGUGUAAGAAGAACAACGUCUCGGUGGACUUUGUCGCGUUUGGUGAUGCCAUCGAAUCGAGCACCAAGUCAAUACUGGAGAAAUUUGUGGAGGCCGUGGGUGGGUCAUCAGGAGAGGGCAACUAUCUGGCCGUCAUUCCCCCUGGCCCCGGCCUGCUCAGCGACAGUCUCAUCACUACACCGAUCGUAAACAUGGGUGGGGAUGCUGGCGCCGGAGGCAGUGGUAUGGAAGGCGUCGAGACUGGAGGGGGAGCCGGUCGCUUUGACGAGUUUGGUAUCGACCCUGCUGCUGACCCGGAGCUGGCCAUGGCGUUACGGAUGAGUAUGGAGGAAGAGCAGAAUCGGCUGGAGCGCGAGCGGAGAGCACGCGAGGAGGAAGAGAGACGGAAUGCCGACAGGAUGGAGACCAUCACCGAGGAAGGGCAGGCAGCCAAUGGAGACAACAAAGAAGGGGGUGAUUCGAAACAGCCACGCGUCGAGGACGAUAAACAGGAGUAA